AUACUCAUGCUUAUUACAACAGUAUUUAAAUUACAUAUCUUAAAUUGUCAGGUAAUAAAGAGAGGAUUUUAAUUUUUCUUAUAAGCAGCCCUAUUCAGUUGACAUGGAAUUGACGGUGACGCGACAUGGCUGUACGGGGAAAUACCCUAGCCUUUUCCCUAUGGGAAGAAUAAAGAAAAAAAAAUUGACGUUGACAGUAAAAUGUAUUGUAAACACUACGAAACACCAAACGCGAGUGUAAAUAUGUGAUGGAAAAUUUUAAAAUAACUAAAUAGUAACACAAUUUCGGUUUAACUCGGUUUAUAACAAAAUGGCAAAAAUAGAUGUUUGUCGAAUAUGCCUAACCGAGGCAGUCGAAAGAGAUAUAACUCAACUAUCGGAAGAAUUGAAAGGGGACAAGAAAAGUUGUUGGGACAUAUUAUUGUUUUGUUUGAACAUUCAGGUGUCACCUGAAUCCAAACUAACAACAAAGUUGUGUGUUAAAUGCUUUAUAAAAAUUAUAUCAUUCCAUGAAUUCAAGACUUUGGCUUUAAAAAAUAAUGAAUAUUUGUGUUGCCUUCAAAAACGUGGGGAUAAAAAAUUUAAUGUUUUUGAAAUGAACAACAUUAAAUGUGAGGAAAUGAGCAAUGGACAUUCCGACGAUGGUAUCUGUGAUAUGGAGCCCCUGGGUAAAAUUGAAAUAAAAAAUGAACAUAAUAUAGAAGAUGUGCCAUCAGAUGAUGAACUGCUUAGCGUUAUAAAGAAAAUAAAAGAUGAAUAUGUAACAGAAGCAUGUAAAGAAAAUAAAGAGUCUCGUCCCAAAACUAAGAGUAAAGGUAAAAAGGUGAGGAUUAGAAAGAGGGAUAAAGAACCAGAGCAGCGGGAGAAAAUAUGCGAAGAGUGCGGCAAAACAGUGGUUAACUUAUUUGAACACAUGAAGUUGCAUCUACCUGCGGCUGAACGGAAGAGGAUACAGUGUAAAGUCUGUGAUAAAACUUUUGCCAGCUACGGUGCCCGAUACAGGCAUAAUAAAAUUAAGCAUUUGGGCAUCAAGCAACACUGCGAUGAGUGUGGGAAGGACGUUGUAAGCUUGCGUAACCAUCGCUUAGUGAUGCACAGCAAUGGGAACUUACCACACGAGUGCGUACCGUGCGGACGACGUUUCAUCUCGAAGGCGAAGAGAGAUCUACACAUGGUCAAACACACGAAGGACCGGCCGUACGUCUGCGAUAUGUGCGAUAAGGAUUUCCGGCACAACAUUGGCUUGUUACAACACAAGCGGCAAGUACACGACAAAGAGAAAACGCAUCUGUGUCAAAUAUGCUCAAAAAGGUUUUUCAAAAAGUAUAAUCUACAGGUUCAUUUAAGGAGUCAUUCUAACGAAAAGCCGUUCGAAUGUCCAGACUGUGGGAAACAUUUCAGCUCGACCACGAUUAUGAAAAAUCACCAGAUGAUACACAGCGAUGCCAGAAACUUCGCCUGCGAUCUAUGUGACAUGGCUUUCAAGAAACCUGGGUACCUCCGCGUUCACAUGAUAAGCCACACAAAGGAAAAGCGCUAUUCGUGCACGUACUGCGACAUGCCCUUCGGCCGCUCCGACCACCGCGCGCGCCACGAACGAACCGCGCACCAGCGGCCCUUCAUACAAUCGCAGAACAACGCACCAACGCAACUAAACCUGCAGUGAAAUCCACGAACGCACCACGCGUAAACACGCAGUUUAUCAUGCACGGAGGCAACUCGAAUCCAAAAAACACACCGUUACCACCUUCAGAAACACGCAAUUCAAAACGCACAGACGAAACUAAACUUAACAUACCAAGCAAAGUCUAUUUUCUCUUACUUGAAAAUCUCUUUAAUUUUUUUGACAAUAAUUUUAUGGGUUAUGCACCUUGUGAAAAUCAUAAGUAGAAAAUUGUAAAUAAUAUAAUUAUAAUGAU